CCCUCAUACGCGGUCCCCCCUCCCCCCUCGCCCACUCAAAGGCCAAGCACAAGGUAGAUUCUCUCCAGCGCACACAACCGACAACCGAGGCCUCCUUCCGACACUCGGGCUCCUUCGUUUCGUUUUCAACGGGAGUUACACGCCAUGGUCCAUGGGCCAUAGCCAUGUCACCCCAUCCUCGUCACUUAUCCUUGCCUAGCUGACUGAGGAAUCUUCCGAGAUUGGGCGGAUCGAAAACCCUACCGAGGAGAUAUGGGAGCCUCAUCGCAGGACGCUGGCCAUAAUUCAGUCAGUUCUCCAUGGCUCAAGCACUCUGGUAUCUUCCUGCUGUGCUCCAGCAUGCCGAAGACCGGUGAACCAGACUGCUUCGCCACCCGUCGGGACGAGCGGCCGCUAUCCCAUGUGGGAUGUCGAGACGUUCAAGCGACACCGAUCCGGGCUUAAAAUAUUGUUUUUUUGAUGCGUAUGACGUCGAAACCGAGCAUCGUCACUUGAGAUAUUAUCAAACUGUUGUUGGACGGGUUCCGAGUCUGCUCAUCAACUCCCUAACGAGUUACGAGUCACACCAAAUGCCCACUCACCUUAGCCAUCAUUGUUUCAGUGCAUUGCUCGAUAUCUCACGUAUAAAUAUCCCAGACAGCCCCGGCCGAACCGCAUUCCAGGCCCCACUGCCGGCAUGACAACCACAUUGACAGCCUAUUGACGAGGCAGAUCAGCCGCACCGGGGCUUACGUGAGAUACGAUAUCCAUGAUGUGAUCUUUCUCACAAACCGAUCAUGUCUAUUGGCUCUUGUUCUAGCAAGCAGCACGAUGCGAAGCGGCUGAACUGCCGAUUCUUGCCAAAGCUGACGACCAGGCCAUGGCGUGGAGAUACCUUCAAAUAUCGCUGAACAUAGUGUUUGAGCUUCAGCAGGUGCUGCCUAGAGUCAACAUCAUCUCGUACAAUGCCUAUAAAGCGACACUCGCUCUCUGGGUGCUCUUGUCCUCUGAUCUUGCCUCUAGGUCUAGGUACGGAUGAUACUAUUUCAACCACCAAGUCACCUCGGCGAAAAUGCUUCCUCUAAACUGCGCCCCCAUCCUCGCGGGUCUGGCCGUCUAUCAACUCUUGAACCGGUGUUUGCACAAUGCAGUCAAGCGUGUCAAUCCGGUUUUCUACGCGGAACUGGAACUUGACAGGCACCGCAAGCUGGCCCCCUACUUCGUCUUCCCGCUGGGCAUCCUCCUGACUCUGGCCACGACGCCGAUUUGCCUCGCCGCGUACAGUGAAACGCCCCCUGUGACCGACACCUUCGGCCUCGACCGGCCCAUCUCCACCAACGGCAAGAUCUGUCUCAGUUCCCGGGCUGUUCUUUGGGUCUCGGAGAUGCCCCUCCUCAGCUAUUCGUCGGAAUAUGUCGCCCACCACAUACUUUCCCUGGGGUCUCUGGCCCUCGUCUUGAUCAAUAAUAGCCCGCGGCGACCCAUCUACCUCAUCUACGCCGGCCUGGUUACGGAACUCUUUUCCGACGCCGUUGCGUUGUUACGCUUCCACGGCCGCGGUCCGACCAACUCGUCACGCUUCCGCAAGACCAUGCUGGCAAAUGUCUUGUCCAUGGUCUUUUUAAGAAUCAUACCUAUCGUCGCCUACGUCGCGACCAUGCCGACGACAAGGGCAUACUACGCAACCGGCAUCGCCUUCUACUGUUUUUACCUUGGCCGGCUAACCUUUCUCCAACUGGGGACCCUGGGCUACCACAAGAUAAGGGUGGGCAGAACGGCGCAUCCAAGCAGACAGUCGACAAACUCAAAACCACCCUCGCGCUUAUCGUUGUCGGAAGCGAGUCUUUUUCGACGUCCGAUGGCGCUCGUCGUCUGUGCCGCCGUCGUCAUCGCGUACAUGAGUCUGAGAGAAGCCGAGUACCUCGAAGCCUUGCCCAAUGGACCCGCCGUCGCAUCAAGUCGGAACAGCACCUGAGAGACCCUGGUGUUCUCACGAAAUAAUUCUGGCAGAAUUAACCUUCACUCAUCCGU